GGAAGAAAUAUGGAUUCUCAAAAGUUGUGUCUGCAGUCUAUUCUUCUCAUCCUUCAGUUCAUAUUUUCUUCUUCCCUAGACACCAUAACCAUAAAUCAAACCAUUGAAGAUGGCAACCUUUUAAUCUCUCAAGGAAAUAAUUUUGCUUUAGGAUUUUUUAGCCCCAAAAAUUUUAAGUAUAGAUAUCUUGGAAUCUGGUACCACAAGAUCCCAGAGCAAACAGUGGUUUGGAUAGCGAAUAGGAAUAAUCCAAUCAAUGGUUCCUCAGGAAUUCUAUCAAUUGAUCAAUAUGGAAAUCUCAUUCUCUAUAGCAAUCAUAAUAAGGAAGUUCCAGUAUGGCAUGCGAAUAUCACAGUUGAAGUGACAGAUACUUGUGUAGCUCAGCUCUUGGAUUCAGGAAAUUUGAUUUUGAUCCAAGACAGAAGUAAAAGAAUUGUGUGGCAAAGCUUUGAUCAGCCUACAGACACUUUGCUACCAGGAAUGAAAUUGGGGUUGAACAGAAGGACAGGUAUGUUCUGGUUCCUAACAUCUUGGAGAUCAACAAAUGACCCUGGAACCGGAAACUUCUCACUUCAAGUCGAUGCAAUAAGAGCACCACAAUUCUUGCUUUAUAGGGGCAAAGAAUAUCAUUGGCGGUGCUUUGCAGAGCCACUUACAAGUUAUGCACAAGCGUUGAACUACAGUUUUGUCCACAAUCAAGAUGAGAUUUAUGCUUCUUACAAUCUUGAUGAUGCUUCUAUUAUCUUCAGAAUUGUGUUGGACUAUUCAGGAACUAUCAAGAAACUAGCAUGGCAUGAAAAAGUUGGAAAAUGGAAGGAAUUCUGGUCCGCACCAAAUUCUCUUUGUGGAACAUAUAAUCAUUGCGGUACCUAUGGGAUAUGUUAUCCUGAUAUUUUUGGAAACUUUGAGUGCGGUUGCUUACCAGGAUAUGAACCCAAGGCCCCUAACGAUUGGAAUAUUCUAAGAGAUGCAUCAAGUGGGUGUGUCAAGAAGCAAAUAGAGUCUUCCUUGGUAUGUGGGCAAGGAGAAGGAUUUGUUAAAUUAGCACACGUUAAACUACCUGAUACUUCAACAGCAGUUUGGGAGAGCAUGGGUACAAGUCCUAUUGACUGUGAAAGAGAAUGCAAGAGGAAUUGUUCAUGCUCUGCAUAUGCAAGCCUAGAUAUUGCAGGCAAAGGGACUGGUUGUUUGACAUGGUAUGGCGAAUUAAAGGAUACUGUAGAUAACUGGAUAAUGGGAUGUGAUAUUCAUAUUCGUGUUGAUGCACUUGAAUUAGCCAAGGCAGCACAAAACUCGAAUGGUUUUCAAGAAAGCAAGAAUAUGUUGGUUGUUUUAGUAGUAUCCGUUGUUUCAGCCUGGUUUAUCAUCAUUUUGUUUGCAUAUUUUUGGCUAAAGAAGAAGAAGAGAAAAGAGGUAAGGAACCAAUGGAAUGAAAGAUUGAUUGAUGCAAUUGGUGAUACAUACUUCAAGAAUAUUUUGGGAACAAAUGAAAUUGAAGGUAGCAUGAGUCAUCUAGACAUUGCUUUUUUUAGUCUCAACACAAUAGUUGUUGCAACCAAUAACUUUUCUCUGGCUAAUAAAAUUGGAGAAGGUGGCUUUGGCUUGGUUUAUAAGGGUAAACUUUCUAAUGGACAAGAGGUUGCUGUGAAAAGGCUAUCUAAAAAUUCAAGUCAAGGAAUAGAAGAAUUUAAGAAUGAAGUUAUGUCAAUUGCGAAGCUUCAACACAAAAAUCUGGUGAAACUCCUAGGAUGUUGCAUUCAAGGAGAAGAGCUAAUGCUAGUUUAUGAAUACUUGCCAAACAAAAGUUUGGACUCAUUUCUUUUUGAUGCAACUAAUAAGAUAGUCUUAAAUUGGAGAAAACGCUUUGAUAUUAUUAUUGGAAUUGCUCGUGGGAUUUUAUAUAUUCAUCAAGAUUCCAGACUGAGUAUUAUUCAUCGGGAUUUAAAAACUAGCAAUAUUUUAUUAGAUGCGGAAAUGAAUCCAAAAAUUUCAGAUUUUGGUCUAGCAAGAAUAUUUAAAGGCGACCAAAUUCAAGAAAAAACAAAAAGAAUAGCCGGAACACUUGGUUAUAUGUCACCAGAGUAUGUGGCAUUUGGAAAACUUUCGCCGAAAUCCGAUGUCUUUAGCUUUGGUAUCAUAUUGUUGGAGAUCAUUAUUGGCAAGAAGAAUAAUAGCUAUUGUGAAGAGGAUUCUUUCCUAAGCAUGACAGGACAUAUAUGGCAUUUAUGGCGAGAAAAUAGAGCAUUGGAGAUAAUUGACUCAUCUCUAAGGGAUUCAUGUCCUUCAAAUGAAGGACUAAGAUGCAUUCAAAUCGGGCUGUUAUGCGUGCAAGAAGAUGCAAUGGAUAGACCGACGAUGUCAACCAUUGUCUUAAUGUUAAAUAGUGAAAUUAAUCUCCCACCUCCGAAACAACCUGCAUUCAUUUUUAACAAAUCGUAUAAUAACUUCAGCUCGUUAACAAGAAAGCAAAGUGUUUGUUCUGUAGACGAUAAAACAAUUACAGAAGUUGUAUGUCGUUGAAUGUAAUAACUCAUCAAUUAUAUAUGGAUUGUUGGUAGUAUUUAUAUUUGUUAUGAUGUACAAUUGAAAUUUUGCAAGUUUUGUUUUGAAUAUUUAGAUUAUAAUGUGAUAACCGUUGGGCCUCCUACACCUUGGAG